AUGUCUGAAGGGGCCCCCGCGGACCCCCAAGGGGCUGGCGAGGUGCUGGGCCUGGAGGGGGGGCUGCUCUGCCGGCUGGUCCACUCCCCAGACUACAACCUGUUCCCUAACUCGGCCGUGUUUGAGAGCAACUUCUUGCAGGUGACAAAGAAGGGGAAGUGGGUGGACAUCACCAACACGCCCACCAUCGUCAUCAUGGGCGUGACCUCCUCCGACCCCUGCCUCCCACUGCCCAACGUGCUGCUGAUGGCCAGGCAGCAGGCCCCCCUCCCGAGAAGCGCCAGUGAGGCCCCCCGGCGGCCCGCCAUAGACCUCACCCGGCUGCUCCCACUCCGAUACGUCCGGCUGUCCGUCCACGAUGCCGCUCGCCGGAUCCUGCGCGUUCAGACGGUGACAGGGAAGGUGUACUACCUGCAGCUGCACCCAGAGCACCCCCGUGCCGUCUUCGCCCUGUGGAGCCGCCUGGCCGACAUCCUGCAGCGGGGCCUCUCCAUCACCACCAAGGACCCCAGCAUCCGCAUCCGGCACAGCCUGGUGCCCAGCGGGGGCAGCAGCCCCACCAGCAGCAGCUCCUCCGCGGAGGUAGGGCCCCGCCCCCCACGCAACGUGCCACAGAGCCGGAGUGUGAUGAGGAGGGUCGGGAGGAAGAUGUCGGGCGUUUUCUCCCAGAUCUCGGGAAAGCCUUUGAGGAAAAUGGAGAGACGAAGAAGAGUGUCAUUCCAGGGAGAGGCUCCGGAGGACGUGUCCGCCAUGUCCAAUGACAUUAAAGUGCUGUUCUACGACAUGCCCCCGCCGCUGGUGUGUGCCCGGUGCAAACGGCGGCUGCCCAGUAGGCCCCCGGGGGGCGCCGGCGAGCUCAAGCCCUCUGCACCCGACCUGGACCUGCUGCCCUGGAUGGACGGGAGAAGCCACGGCCUCUGGCAGCAGGAGACGCCCUCCUGGCUGCAGCCGCUCUGCCGCCUCAGCAGCCUGGCUGCCGCUGGCUGGAAGCGGAAAGGCGGCUCCGCUCCGAGCCCCGCCGGCCUUUCCACGCCCCCCCCCUCAAGCAAGCGCCCCCUCCCCGCGUUGGCAGCCGCCUUUCCUCGCCGUGGCGCCUCUGCGCACCGGGGCCCGCGCCGCGCGCCAGAAAAAGGGAAGGCGGCUUCCCGGGGGCCGCCCACCGCCUUCGCGCCCCCGCCGGCUGGGCGCCACUGCCGGCGGGGUCGCCCCGGGGCCCCUGGCCAGUCGCCGGCUUCUGGCCCGCGCAGGAGCGCGAAGAGCGCAGCCCCUCUCGCCGCGCGGGCUUCGAGCGAGGGGGGGAGGAAGGGCCGGCCCGCGCGCCAGCAGAGAGCGCAGCCCGCGCAAGGAGGGGGCCGGCAGGAUGGCUUUAUCCGCCGCCGCAGCCCGGCCGCCAGCCACGGCCGAGGCGGGCCGAUCGCCGGGCCGGGCUCCAGCCUCUCCUGGCGCGCACGGGGCGGCAGAGGGCGCCCUGCCGCCAGCGCCGAGGCCGCCGCCGCCGCCGCCUUGCCCGCCAGAGCGGUGAGGCCGGUGCGCCCGCCCCGCGCCGCUCCGCAAGCAGCGCCGGCCCCCCUGCAAACACCCGGCCCGAAGGCCGCUCGGGCCGCCCUUCCCUGGCCCCGCAUCCGGCAGCUGGGCACAAGCGCAGAGGAUCCCGCCGGUCAGAGCCAAGGGGACCCCUGCGAGGCACGGGGGCCGCACCACCACAGAGCGGUGAGGCGGAUCCGGCGUUCCAGCACAACCCAGGACCCUCCCUCUUCCUGCGGCGUGUUUGCGGGCAGCUUCCACAAAACAGAAAGUUCUGCAUACACAUAA